AUGGUCUGCCAAAAAUGUAUUCCUAGACCAGAAACAACUGUUACUUCAGAAGGAGAACAUGUCACUUCAGCGAAUGACUGUGAGCUAGAAAAUGAUUUUUCAACUACAGGCAGCAAGCUUCCAUCUCCAAACGGAAGACAAAGAGCAGAAGUUGAGUUCCAUAUUACUAAGUCAUCAACUCAUCUGACAGAACUUACCACUCUGACAGGCACUACAUACUCCGGGGCUAAUGACUCUACUAUGGAGACUUUCAUUCCAGUGAAAAUUGGUAAUAUCUCAUCACCACUUGCUACUGUUUCUUUAAUAGAUUUAUCCAUUAACACAGCAAAGGAAGAUAUUCUCUUGGACAUCACUGAUGCAGAGGAUGGAGAUGCCUCAAUAGUGUCUACAGUCUCAGGCACCCUAAAGGAAGGCAUCGUCAGCACUGGUGACACCCUUGACCUUCCAGCUGAGGAAAAGGAACCAGAUGUUAACCUUUUCAUGUAUGCAGUUAAACCCAGUGUUACCGCUGAUGAAGCUGUCCCAGUCACUGACUCAUCUAUUCCUGACACUGACAUCUGUCCAGCUACUGAAAAAAACUUCAACACUAUUCCAGACAUGACCGCCUUUACAAAAGAGAAAAUAACUGAAAUUGACUUAAUUCUUUCAGAGGAUUCUCCCAAUGCUGUGCCACAAUUAGCUGACCCUGAUGAGGAAAUGUUCAUCACUCUGUUUGAACUCACUGCCAUUGUCGAAAGAGACAAAGACAACCCAGGUUAUUCCUAGGAUGCAGUCAGUGUUUGGGUGGAGAGAGAGACUGUAAAUGAAGCAGAGAACCAUCCCGUUUUGGUUACUGCUGUUGAAUCCAGAUACAACUUCACCACCUCCACAUGAGUAGCUAUGAACCUCAUGGAAAAUUCACCUGCUACAACAAAAGAAGAUUUGUCUGAAGAUAAGAGAAUAGAAACUGUAACUAAGGAUACUGAAGUUUCCAGAACUACCCCUGAUCCUGAUAUUGCCAACCACAAUGAAGACACUUCUACAGCUCAAACAGAGGUCUUUAAAAUACUGAAAGAAGAGCCAAAUGAGUUCCUGAUUUGA